UCUACAUCCUCUUUUCUGGUUUCGUGAUGUCCUCAAAGCGCAAGUGGGAUCAAGCUGCGCCAGAAGCCGACGAAGCGGAGGGCCCUUCAGCUAAGGCCACGAAGGUCGAAGAAGGGAAGUCCGCGUCUGAAGCCGCCGCUGCCGCAGCUGCUAUUGCCGCCAAAAUCGCUGCCCAGUUCGCCAGCUCUGGGGGAGCGACUCCAGGAACCGGAAACAAGGACCUGCACGACGGGGAAUUCACUCAUGACAUCGACAUUAACGACAUCAGGAAUAGGUACCUCCUUACUAAGGGGUCUACCCAGCAGCAGAUUCAUGAUGAAACGGGAGCCUCAAUAAGCACGAAAGGCGUAUGGUACCCCGACAGGUCUAAGGCGACAGAGAAGGACCCUCCUCUUUACCUCCACAUCUCCGCCACCACACAGGAGGUUCUUCAGAGAGCCGUUGACAAGGUCAAUGAACUGAUCAACACGGACAUGGGCUCGUUGGUAGAGGACAAGAGCUCGCGUACGAGGGAGAGGCGUAAAUGGCCCGAAGAGAAAAUCCCAGUUGGUAUUGAGACCAUCAGAAAUUUCAAUGUCCGCGCCAAAGUCGUUGGACCAUCGGGUAUGUUUGUCAAGUAUAUCCAACAGGAGACCGGUACUCGUGUGCAGAUCAAGGGUCUUGGUUCGGGAUUCGUUGACCAAGAGACUGGUCACGAACAUGAUGAACCCAUGUACAUCCAUGUAACCGGCCCUGAUGAGCAGCAAGUACAACGCGCGAAGGCUCUCACUGAGGACUUACUUGUCGUGGUGCGGGAAGAGCACGAGAAGGUGAAGGCGAUGCUGGCCCAACAACAGAUGGAGCUCCACCAAGCACAAGUCCAGUACGCUGCUUACAAUGCUUACGGUGUAUGUAUGCUCCGCUCAUAUCUCUGUCUCCUCCGUGCCAGUCUCAUAUGGCAUACAAGUUGCCUUCGCUUGAUCCUGGUCUGUAUUGCGAAAUGGUGUAUGAGCUCACACUUUUGUGUUUAGGGUUACGCUCCCCCGCCUCCUGGGAGUGCGCCGCCUCCACCACCGCCUGGUGAGCAACCUCCCCCGCCUCCGGAUGGAAGCACUCCGGCUCCGGGUGGUGUCGCUGCGGCUGCGACUCCCGCCGCUGGUCAACAUGGAGCUGCUCCUGCUGCAAGUGACUGGGACGCGUACACCGCUUAUUGGGCUGCGUACGGAUACGAUGUUAACUCCCCGCAGUUCAAGGAAUGGCAGCAGCAGCAAUACGCAGCGUACUACGCUCAGGCUGGAUACACGCCGGCUGCGACUCCCGGGACGCCAGGGGCUUCGAGCACACCAAGCGCUCCGGGAUCUGCGCCGCCUCCGAGCGAACCAGCCCCUCCCCCGCCUCCCCCGGCAUAAUCGGUCGUGUAUCCGCUUACUGUGCAUGAACGUAAGG